UACAUUGUUUCAUCAUUUCCUGCCGGUAAAGAAGGGCUUCUAUUUUAAGACAGUGAAGUGAACAGAGAGAAGGAAGUCUAAACAUUUUUGCAGAUCUGGGGUUAAAAAAUGAGCAUCUCUGAAGUAAUUUUAUAGCGUGCAGAAGGAAAAGUGUAUGAGAAAAAAAAGACAAUGAAUGGAUACAACCAAAACAUUAUGCCCGGAAGUCAACACCCCGAAGAAUACCGGAUUGCAUCCCUGGUCUUCUAUAUCUUUGUAUUCACCAUUGGAUUAUUAGUAAAUAUCACAGCACUAUGGGUUUUCAGCUGCACUACCAAAAAAAGAACAACUAUAACUGUCUACAUGAUGAACGUUGCAUUCCUCGACUUAAUUUUUAUAUUAUCCUUGCCCUUCCGGAUAACCUACUAUGGGAAAGGAAUUUGGCCUUUUGGAGAUCUGUUUUGUCGGACUGUCAGUGCUUUCACUGUGUUUUAUCCAAGCAUUGCUCUGUGGUUGCUUGCUUUUAUAAGCGUAGAUAGAUUUAUGGCUAUUGUCCAGCCAAAACAUGUGAAAGAACUGAAAAAUACAAGCAAAGCUUUGAUAGCCUGUAUUGGCAUCUGGAUAAUGACCCUUGCAUCAACUUCCCCUCUGUUGUUUUUAAAUUCAGAUCCAGAUAAAGCCUCAAAUUUUACCACCUGCAUAAAGAUGCUCGACAUUAUUCACCUAAAGGAAGUCAAUAUGUUAAACUAUUCUCGCUUGAUUUUCUUUUUCUUGAUUCCCCUGUUCAUCAUGAUUGGAUGCUACCUUGUUAUUAUUUACAAUUUCAUCCAUGGCAGGACUUCUAAACUGAAACCCAAGGCCAAGGAGAGAUCUAUAAGAAUUAUAGUUACUUUGAUUGUGCAAGUGCUUGUCUGCUUUGUACCCUUCCACAUUUGUUUUGCAUUCCUGAUGUUGCAAGGCGAAAACAAGAGCUACAAUCCAUGGGCAGCAUUUACCACCUUCCUCAUGAACCUCAGUACCUGCCUAGACAUUAUUCUGUACUAUAUAGUUUCUAAACAAUUUCAGGCUAGAGUCAUCAGCGUUAUGCUUUAUCGUAAUUAUCUGCGAAGCGUACGUAGGAAGAGUUUUCGAUGUGGGAGUUUACGAUCACUGAGUAAUAUAAACAGUGAGAUGAUAUAAUACGCAAGACAGAUUUGUAAUGCAACCCAGUGAUGCUUACUAAGGGCCAUUUUUCAAGCCACACUGGAAAACGUUCUAUAGUCAGCAAUACUGGGACCUUUUAUAUAUGUUAUAAUGUAACUGUUAAACAAGCAGUAUACCAUAUAGUGAAAACAUGAAUAUUGCAUCUACCUGUUCUAAAGGAAUAUGUAAAUCUGAGAUGAACCUGGAUAUUGAAAAAUCUAUCUUCUGAGUGAAGAAGACACGCAAAUACGUUGUCAAUUAAAUACAUAUUUCAAGCUGUGAAAAAGGUGACAAUAUCUAUGCUAAAUA